AAUAGAAACAAGAGAAGAGAGGAGUGAUGGCAGUGGGAAUUGCCAUUACAAAUGAAGGAAGUCAAAGCCAAUACAAUGGAAGAAUCACAUCCUAUUUGCUCUUCUCUUGUCUUGUGGCUGCCAUGGGAGCUUUCAUUUUUGGCUAUGAUAUUGGAGUUUCAGGUGGUGUGACAUCUAUGGAGCCUUUCUUGGAGAAGUUCUUCCCAAAAAUAUACAAGAGGAUGAAAGAAGAUAGUAACAUUAGCAACUACUGCAAAUUUGACAGCCAACUACUUACAUUAUUCACAUCCUCACUCUAUUUAGCUGGCCUCUUCACUUCCUUCUUUGCCUCUUUUGUUACUGACAGCUUCGGCCGGAAACCCUCCCUGCUUGCCGGCAGCGUCACCUUUCUUGUUGGAGCUGCCCUUAAAGCCGCUGCCUUUAACUUGUACAUGUUGAUUAUCGGUAGACUAUUACUCGGAAUCAGCGUUGGUUUCACUAACCAGAGUGUGACGGUGGCGGUCAACUUUCUUUUCACGUUCGUGGUGGGGCAGACGUUUUUGGCGAUAAUGUGCCAUUUGAAGGCGGGGCUUUUCUUCUUUUUCGGGUGGCGCUGAUGACAUUGUUCGUGUAUUUCUUAUUGCCGGAGACGAAGAACAUUCCGAAUGAAAGUUUGUAAAUGCACAGGUAAAAUCAAUAGCCAUCAACUUAAUUUUAAUACUAUAGCUGAUUGGAUAAAAACAAAAAUGUUGUCUCCUCAAAUCAAAUUCACUAUUAUAUCUUAUUGAAAUUAAA